AAUGGUGAGAAUAUAGAUGCAUUGGGAUUAAGAUGGCAGCAAUCAGUAAGAAUGUAAAAUAGAAUUUUCAUUAGAGCAAGAAUUUAACAUUUAACAAAGAAUAUUUUGUUUGUAAAAUGUGGAGUAUAUAAUUGCAGGAAGUUCAAGUGUUAUUGAAAUUUGAAAGGAGUGAGUGGGUGCUGCGUAGGAUGUCCUUGGCAUAAACAUGUGAUUCUAUAUGACGACAGCCAACAAAGAAAUAACACUCCACGUUUAUAAGCACUUUCGGUACGCCAAAUUCAAGAUGUAGCUAUUAACGGAAAUUCCUCUGUUAAGGAUCGAUCCCAUCUCAAAUAAGCACACUCCUUUCGGGGAAAAUUUUUUAUAAAGCCCCUUUCGCUAUAUACGCGUCGCCCCCUCCUCCCCCAAGAAAUACUGAAACACAUGCCGGUGCAGAUGAAAUAUUGGGACUUGUAGGAGUUGCAAAAAAUGUACAACCUUCCCGCGAGUAAAAUUUCAAAGGUUUUCAAAGGUUUCCAAAUUUUCCUCAAAAUAAUGUGAACUUGCAAAGUAUAUACAUGAUGUCAUUCAAAAUUGGCUUUAAUACUCCUAUUUCCCGAUUGACUAAUAGUUAGCAUUGAUCAGCUGAUUGAUUGCAUUGUACUUACAUACAUACAUACAUACAUACAGACAGACAAACAGUACAGGCUGGCGACUGCCGGCAGAUGUAUAUGUUUCUGCCUCGUACCCAGGUGUUUCUUUGUCAAAAACAGCGAUGCAUAUGCGCAUAUGACGAGUUUACAUGACGUAUUGCAGUGGCGAGAUAAGGGCGCCUUCCCAACAACCCCUUUGCCUGCCUGCCUGCCUGCCUGAAUACUUCAUGUAUUAUAAUUUAAAUGUAUCCUGUCAACCUCAAGCUGCCUUGUCAAGUAUAAUUUAUUUGUUUGACGGUGUUUAGUGCUGAAUAGAGUGUUCCACAUUAAAGUGCUUAUGUCACAAAAAAAUUUAUUGCAGUUUUGAAUGGGGGAUACAAAAUUAUUUAAUAAGUUCUUUUACAGUUUUCGUUUGCGAGAUAUGCAUUUGAAUGGGGGUUUUGGUGGAAAUUGAUAAAUGGGAUGAGCAUGAGUGACGUAACUUAAGGAACCUGUUUACCACGCGCUGUAUAUAUUUAUUUAUCUGGCUUAGAAAAAACAGUUAGUAAGACUGGAUAUUUAACAUAUUCUAUCAAAUACCGAAAUACGAGCUGUAUGUGAACCUCUCAAAAUGAAGAAGACUCUCCAAGUGUAAAAUAUGAGAGUACAGUGAGUCAAGAAAAUGAUAAAACGACUACAGUGUUUUGGCCUAAGCACAUAUCAGAUGCGUAUAACUACCUAAUUUCUGACCAGGAAAUUCAAACAGAAUAACGCUAUUUUAUACUUGCAAUGCGAAACACUAUGGCGAGUGACGAGCCUACGGAAACAUCAGAAAAAGUGAAAUACAAGCCGAGUCUUUAUGAAUGCCAUGUAAACUGUCUACCCGAUAACGUAUUUUAUUGUCAGAUCGUUGGCAAUAGUUUUCAGAGCUUUACAGACGCCUUUACUCAGUUGUGUGCAGCUUUGGAUUAGGGAAAGCAUAUAUAUAGCGAACUUGCUUUGUCUGAACGAUAAUGCUAAAAUAAAGAAAUUUUAACUGGUAAGCCAAAGACAAAGUCAAAGAGAAAAUGAUGUCUAAAGUUCAGUACGUUUUGCUUAUAUAUUGCGCUAAAUAAGGUGUCAAUUCAAAGCAUUGUUGAUUGAACAAAUAUAAAGCAUUUUCUGCGUUGAUAUACCGAGUAUCAACACGAGUGGAAGUUGGGAAAACGAGAAAUUGUGUGGAAACACGACGCCCGAAGGGCGGAGUGUUUUCACACAAUUUCGAGAAAAAAAGUUUUAUAUUUUUUUUUAUAAUAUAGCACGAAGAAAUAUAAAGAAAGAAAUUUUCCGUGUAGACAACGAGUUAUAUCAACACGGAUCUUAGCCAAUCAGCGUUCAGAAUUUACAAAUGCCAUAUUAUAAAAUUGUAUUUUAAUUGACAUUUUUUACUAUUCAAAUUCAGUUUUAAUCCAUCUGCCGGAUAAAAAACAUAGAGUGAAUUACUCAAAGUAGCUAACUGUCUAAAUUACAAAAUAGAGCUAAAACAAAGUACUUUUAAGAGGUACACCAAAAAGGUUUUAGGUUUAAAUACGCAAAUACGCCAUGCAUCCAUGCAGAAAGUAACAUUAUACCCACUCUGAUAACUGCUGCAUGGUUGGCUCGUUGUGUGCUGCACGAUAGUGCUCAGUGGAAUUAAAAACCUAACCGAAUCGUCUUUAUAAUUUUUCUGGCAACAUUUUAUUUGCCGCUCUUUCAGCUAGUACCGGACUUUCUAACUUGUGAAACGGAAAACCCACGCAUUAGAGGUUUAAGAGGCAAUGUUUUCGCAUUUCUGUGUCACGUAUUUGCGAUGAAAAGCGUUCAAAACUUACAAUCUUUUUGGGUCACUUCUCUAAAUUACUUGAUUUGAUUUUCACCCAACUGAAAAUCAAGGAACUAUGGGUUGGAUUCACUUUCACGAAAUCAUGCAUGAAAGAGAAAGAAAAUAUAGUCUUUGUGAAAUAAAUUAAUUAACUUUUAUAUAUACAGUUAAAAUUAAAUAUGAAAUAAGAUUACAUGAAUGUAGAGAAUGUGUGGGAGGGGUUUUGAAUUUAAAAUUUACGGCACCAGAAUGGCUGGUUCACCUUCCGUUCAAAACGCAAUUAUAGGCAAUGAUUAUGUUGAGUUAUAGUUCUAGAUCGAUCUUGCUACAAUUACGGUUCAGAAUUCAGAUAGUUAAAGCUGUCGUGGUUUGUGUCUGAGCUACUUGAGAAAAGCUAAUAACACUUGGACACUUUGAGACAACGCCCUUCGUCACGAGGCGAGAUGUACCGGUCUGACUUCCUUGUAGAAGUUUUUUACAUGUAAUCUUUCUCAGACACUUCACCCACACACCACGACAGCUUAUAAUUAUAUUGCAGAAUACCUACGCUGGACCCUCACGUUUGAGAUAUCUUUUUCAGACAUAAACCACAAUUACGAUACUGCAUGGAUCCCCUUCACGAUAACUUAUUAGAAUAUAACCUAUACACUGGACCACCACGUUUGAGAUAUCUUUUUCAGGUAGUUCAGACACAAACCACGACAGCUUAUUGUAGCAUACAACCUAUACACGAACUGGACCACCACGUUUGAGAUCUUUUUCAGGUAGUCCAGACGGCACAAACCACGGCAGCUUAUUGUAGAAUACAACCUACACAAACCACCACAUUUGAGAUAUCUUUUUCAGGUAGUUCAGACACAAACCUAGCUUAUUAUUCAGAAUACUACCUAUAUACUCAACGUUUGCGAUAGCUCAAUAUCAUUGUCUAAAUAGUACGGUAAUAGAUGUCCAUAAAUUAAUAAAUCGACUUUCCGUAUAAUUGGAUUUGCCUUUAAUUAAAUACCAGAUUGCUUGAGAAGUCAUGUGAUAGACGAGAAGUCUUUGUUAAAAAAUUUGCCUCAUUUCUUAAUAUUAUCAAAUCUUAAUUUUACCGUUUUCUGGUGCGUGACACACAACAUAAAUGUUUGAAUAGCUUUUGGCGGGAUAAAUUUGCUUUCUCAGUCAGAAUAACAACACGUACGUGCAUGCGUAGGCCGAAGGUCUGAAACGUGCGAACAAUAUAAUUAGUUACAUAACCCGCCCUGUUAUAUGUAAACAAUCAUAUAGUAAAACUUGUGUGAAAAUAUCAUUGGGCUAACGUCAGAACUUGUUGAUACUACAGGAACCGGUUUAAAAUAUUUGAAAUUUAUAAGAUUAAUUCGUUUUAUAUUGGUAAAUUGAUGCAGUUUUAUCAUAAACAGUUACGAACAAUGAAGUCGAUUGUUACAAUAGAAAAAUUCAAAGUCAGUUACACCGGACACAUUCAUGUCAAACCACAACAAAACAACACACACCUUUUUUCAAGGACCUAUUUUAAGACUAUGGGAUUCUCUUCGUUCAGUAAUAUGAAGGGUAAAGACUUUCAAUUGCUUCGUCAAUGGACUGAAGAAAUAUUUAUACUAAAUCCAUAUAUGCUUCUAUAUUGUUAUCGUUAAGUUGUUUUAUUUCUACUUAAUAUUUGACACUGAGUGCACACCAAGGUAAACCAAAUUGUUUUCUCACUCAGAAGGAAUUUAAUUAGGUACAGUAAUUUUGCAAAUUAACAUAACAAAAGCCAGGAAGAUGAUGUCUUCCGCGAACUCAAGUUCUGAGUAACCAAAGUCACAGGACAACAGUCGUGCGUGGUGGGAAGGUUUCGAGGGUCGAGUGGAAAGUGAAAUAUGAAAAUGCUGAGAAGGGGAUUGGAACGCCUACAACAUGAACCUUUUUGCCAAGCUGUGGAGAACCAGCAAAGCUACUUUCAUCAACUUCAGUUGGGCCGGUGAUAGAACACUUGACAGAUCGAUCUAUAAUUGGCGCUCCAUUGUGACUAAACCCCAUCGAGACGAAAGUUUUCCUUGACAAGUGACAACUUUUUAUACUUGUUUGUGUGUGUACGGCAAAAAUUGAAAAUGUCUUCCUUGUUCAGCAGCAGCCUUGUUCAAAAGCCGGUCAUCAUCAUGCUAGCUUUUUAACAAGGACACUUGUUUGUGUGUACGGCCGUCAAGAUUCAAGGAAAACAUGACAAAUAUUUGCGCAGUACACGUCACUGCGCAUUCAUCUUCGAGCGGCCAUUGCCAUAGAGACAUAAGAGAAAAUAUCGUUCAAGCAAUUCCCAGCUAAUAGGCUUCGUGCCAUGUACCCCACAUUAAAUAAUACCAGAAGAGAAUGGAAAUAGAUCUGGAGCCUUAACGAGACAAACUUAUCAUGGUAGAAGGCCUGUUGUGUUUACAGAUGCAGUGAGCUACGCCACGCCGGUUUGGAAUGUCCCAAAUUUUUUACCUGUCAUGGUGAAUGGACAGGGUUGCGUACUUUUCUACCUGUCUCCUCCGUUAUUCAACCUGUACAGUCUUUCUAACAUGCACUUCAUAAGUCCAGGCAAUGCAGGGGAAGAAAUGGUAGGAUUUGUUAGACAUUUCUUCAUUCCCAAUGCGCACUAGGCAUUUGAAUCCCGUUUGUACUGUGAAGCAACUAUGACAUUUAGUUUUCAUCAUAUAAGGAAUUUGUUUAGGUUCUUUCUCGAUCUGUCGCAGGCGACAGGUAUGCAGAUUUUACACCUGUCGUUCGUGAAAAUCGCCUACACACGUUAAAGUCUCCCAACUUGUCAACAAGAUCGACGUGUUCGCAAUUGUAGCAAUCUUGUCAACAAGUUGUAACAAUGUUGUUACUUUAUCACGUUGCUACAAGAUUGUCACUCACAACUUGUUAACAAGUUGUUGAUCAUGAAUUGCAGGUUGAUAGGCUAACAAGUAAAUUGUUGGAACCGCAACUUUGUAACAAGUCUCACUGUUGAAUCAACAACUUUGUAGCAAGUUGUCAAAAAGUCGCUGACAACUUAUCAACAAGCUGUGAACAAGCAGUGUGAACACAUCAAGUUGUUGGAACAGCAUCAUUGCUACAAAUCUGCUGCAUGUUUGUUACAACUUGUGCGUUUUUACGUGUGUAGUGGAAUCGACACGAGGCAGACCUAACCGCUACGGUUUUUUCGACAAAUUGCUCGUCUGAUAGUAACCAGCUUAAUUUACAAACUCAAUGCAUCAUGUCCUUGGUAAUGUCAUAUACAUGACUCUAUUUGAGAGCCAUCAUCAGCAAAACAUGUGAUACAAUAUAUUCAUGACUCAUGCAUGAGAAUACCCGCCCAACACUCUGUGUUGUCAAGAUAAAGUUGCUUCAAGCUGGAUUUGAACUUGUGGUCUCCCAAGCUGACUCGAUAGCUCAACUAUUGGUAAACCGUCAGCCCUGGUUCGCUGAGUUCGAACUGAAUCCCAGUCGAGUCAACGCAGUGUUGGGGUUUUUCCCAUGAAUAUAUUGCAUCAUAUAUUUAUAUUUAAUAAGAGGCAAUUAUUUUCAUUGUCGCGUAUUUGCGAUGAAAAGUGUUCAAAACCUAAAAUCCUUCAGUUUCGCGUUCUUCUCAAAAUUAUUUUGUUUUAGCUUUAUUUUGAGUUUACACUGUUGGCAACAUUAAGUGUAUCUGGCGGUUGAGAAACACAAAAUAAUAGUUAAAUAUUGUCAAUUUAAAUGCAAUUAUCGUUGAUGCUGUAAAAUUGACGCCAAUGUUUAUACAGAAAUCAUUGAUAAGCAAAACUUACUGAACUUCACUAGACAUCAUGCUCUUCUCUUUGCGGUACCAUCUAAAAUCUCCCCACCCCAUAAUUUUACAGAUAAAGCACUAAACAUACUUUUUAACGGUUUGUUUGCCGCUUGAGAAACGUAUAAAAAUUUAAAAUUGAGUAGUGAUAACCAGUAAAGUAUAUUCAUCAGUUUUGAGCGCCCUUAACUACAAAUUUAUUUAUUUAACAACAUAAAUAUCUGCAGUUUCGGUAUAUAUAGAACCAUACAUAAGAACCACAAGAAUACAUUAAUUAGGAACAAACUAAUAAUGAUAGCCUGCUUUGAAAUUGUCAGAACAACUGACUGUAUUUUGCAACUAGAAUCAUAAUAUUGCUUCGUCUUGCACAGCCAUUAUGUUGAGUAAAAAUAUCUUGACAAUUGAAUGAAGAGUGCGAAGAAUUUAUUUAUAAAAUUAACUCUAAGAUAGUGUGAGCUUUGUAUUGCAGGACAUUGAAAGGUGUCAUGCAUCCUAAAUCUCGUUUAUAGAGCACCACAAUGUUUACAUUGCUCUAUUAGUAUUACUGUGUGAAACAUUGUUGUAUAUCGACCAUUUUCAACAUGUAACCUGCGAGCUGAUAUUCUUAAUGACUUUAUAAUAUAGCCUGACGAUAUUUGAAAUUGCGGGUUAAAGAUAGAUAUUUCUCAAAACCAAAGUAAAUUUUCAGUUUCUUGAAAAGCCUUAACUUAUCACUGUCUCCAUCUUGUUUUGACUCAAACUUGACCCUCGCGUGUGCUGUCACGACCCUCGCUCCACGACUCUCGUCUCAACUCAAGCUUGCGACUUACAGGAAGUUGAAAAGACAAAGAGAAUACUUCAACAGCGUGACCCUGACGCCCACUAGGGUUAUUAAUGACGUAUGCGAUGUCAAAACUUCCAUAACUUGUUUUCGAGUGUAAAGAAAUUAUUCAGUAUUAAUCAACAACCCAACCAUUGAGACGUGCUAUCAUAGCGCUCAGCGAAAAACACAAACUUUGGUGGAAUUUUAGACUACUUUACUUUAUUUGUACUUAAGGUUAGUAUUUCUAACAAAUUUCACAUUUGUGGAAAGAAUUUGAGUAGGCACUAAGGAAGUUUUUAAUGUAUAGUGUUCUGAGACGGGAAGUCGGUUACGUGCACUUUGUUUAACUUACAAACUUUGCGGUAAUGGUAUGGUUAAUAAGGGGAUUUCACUAAGCGCUAUCGUACAGCAGACGGUGGUGAAACUGCAGUUAUCUGAUUGAUAAAAUAAUGAUAAUUCUUUACAGUAGUCUUGUAUUUGGAGCGGAAUAAGAAGAAUAUAGUGUGAUUAUAUAGCGUUGCUAUGAGUUGUCGACAGUUGUAAAGUUGUUCGCUACUCAACGGAAUCAAUUCUAUAACUAACCGUAACUUCUUAAUCUCUCUUGUAGUUAUUCCCGAGCUGCGAGAAAAGAAUAUGAAUCGUGCUUGUGUUUCAUCAAACAAUUCAGGUAAGCCGUGGGUGUAUUGUUUGCUUGAACGAUACGCUAGAACGUUACAUAUAUUAUAUAUACAUAGAAAUUUUCAUGUAUAAAGAUCACGAGAAAAUAACCAUUUUACAACAGCAGUGAUAUAUAUGGAUUUGUGAGUUGUGUUACAUGGAAUCAUAUUUAUAAUAAAUUAAGGAUAUUAUGCAUUGCGAAGGGUACCUGCUAACAUGCUGACUGUUCAUUUAUAAAAAGGGCGUUAUGUAAUAAAUAAAUAAAACAGAACAUUUUGAGGGCAUUUUUCGUUAAUAUUUUCUAUUAUUUCAAGAAGAUAUUUUAAAACCAAAUACCGAAAGUAAAAGUAAAUUUUGUCAAUAUUUAUGUGUUACUUGCAUGUAUGGAAUUUUACCAAAAUUAAUCAGAUGGUGGUGCAAUACAAUUUAAUUUCAUUUCACUGCGUUAUUUGAACGGCGUUUUGUGGUAUUAGUAAAUUAAUUAUUGUUAUAUAUAACUAAUGCUAUUAAUAUAUGAAAGGUAACCAAAAUUUGAAUCGUAAAUCAAGUUCUCAGGCUUGUUACAGCAAAAAUCCCGAACAUAAAUUAUCAAUGUACAAAUGAUACUAUACAUUUUAUAUCAGUAUGUGCAUAAGGUUAUCAUUAGUGCAAGAGAUUCACAAAUUAACAUAUAUCACAAAUGCGUGACGCAACUAUCAGUAAAAUUUGAAAGAGCUAUAUAUUAUAAGAGAAUUAAGGUCAGAUAUCAAAUUUGCGGACUAUUAUAUGCUGUCAGGAUUAAUCUAUAUACGUAUCCAGAAUAGGGUCUACACGUCAGCAGGAGUGUUUAUGCGGUCCACAUGCACUUUGAAAUAUGAGACAUUGUUUUUGUCGUUUUUAAUUCUCUGUCAACAUAAAAUUAUCUCAAGUAUAGAUUGUAAAAUUCUGACCUCCACCGCACGUUCGAAAACUUCACAGGCUACCGCUUGUGCCAACGUUUAUAUAUACCAGCAGAACAAUAGGGUGUGUAGGCUUUAAUCUCAAAUUCACCAGACAUAUCACAACGACACAAGGUUUCGAAUAUGGACAUUGUGCAGAUUUGAAAUACAUAUGAGAAGGAUUAGUCCGGCUAUAACCUGGCUAUUACCCAGCCAAGGGGUUUCUGGUAUAUUGGUAUUGAGACUAUAUAUUUUACUUUUGAUAUAAAAGACUUUCCAAACUAGUCGAUUUCAUAUUGAACAGCCCAAAAUAAAGUGUUAAAAAAUAGGACCACGUGAUGUAUACGAUGUUUAAUAUUUAGGACUGUUGUUUGAAUAUCUCGUUUUCUUUUAUUUAAGUAUAUAUCAUAUACAAUUUACCGUAUUUGGGUCAAAAUUACAAUACAAAGACAGGAUGUUUUCGGAAAUAAAAAUGAACUCAUAGGAGGGACUUUACCCUACGUCCUACUAUGAUGUCAACCUUAACCUACGCUAGACAGCCAUUGGUUCAAAUUUUGACAGCGAGGCCAAAUUAUGCACUUUUGUUCAAUAUCAAUUAAUAAUUUCACUACAGUUAUCAGAGAUUGAGAAAAGGAUGUUAAUUCGGUUCGUUAAAUUUGUAGUAGUUUUGACAACUUUGACAACUAUUUAUGUGUUCAAAAGCGUCUAGCAUGCUGGCUUUUGAACAAGGCACUUGUCACAGAAAAAAAAUGGGCAAAGUAUAAUUUUACUUGUCUGUAUGAGUCAACAAAGAAAAUUUAACAAAGUAAUUUGAGCACUUUAUAUAAUGCUGUUGAUCAAAGAUUUAUUGUUGGGAGUGCCAGAAGACAAAAAACUUGUCAUAGGAAUUAAAUUUGUUGUAAAUUCAAUACAGACGUUCAAUUGGCACUUUCCACAUGAACACUUGCUCGUCUGCAAUCGACUUUAAUGUCGAUGCUGACUAUCUGCAAUGGCUAACGCUUGCUGAAAUCCACUAAAUAUAUCACACAGCGUAUUAUAUUUGCCAUACGGGGUGGUGUAUUUAAUUUACGUGCACAAACACCAAACAUGUUUACGAGAGAUGCUUAAAGAAAUUUGAAUACACAACUGACAGUGUGUUUAUCUUGCCGGCACGUUCUAUCGUAUUAUGACGUCAUACCGCUUGUUGAUAUUACUGAUAUUAGCACAAACAAGCGCGUUGUAUAAGCCGCGUGGAGUCACGCGAGGAUCGCGUGCACAUGACUAAUAAGAAUUGCGACUCUCGUCGAUUUUGACCUAGUUCAAAUAUUGAUGAAUUGUUUUUGCUCAUUUGAUCGCUUCAUGCGGUGAAAUGCGUCAACUCUCAUACAAUUAUUGCUCCCGUUAGACCAAGCAUUAUAUAUACUGGCCAUUUUAACAAUGCAUUACACACUGGGCAACAUUCGAUACCCUUUAAAAACACUUUUUUAAGCUUGGCCAGUCGCCUAUGGUGCUUUUGUCGUAUAUUGCAAUAAAUUUAACCUAUACUUAUUUCAUGUUGCAGAUUACGGCUACUACGCCGAUCCUAAUCUUCUUCACCGCAAUGAUUCAAUGGGCAGCUCAUAUUCAUACGAUUCCCCAGUACACAGUCAAAACUCAGUGAGCGACUGGAUAAAGACGAGUAUGAUUAUGGGAGACCAUCUUAAUUUUGACUACUUCCCAGACCUUUCCAGUAACACACUCGGUCAGGAAGAUCGUCAAGGUCAAUAUCUGGUUUAUAAAACUCAACAGCUUGUGCAAUCUCGCAGUUUUGACGAUUGCACGUGUUCGUCUUACUCCUCCGACGUACCACAGUGCACGUGUGAUAAUGCCAAGACGGAGCAUUUGAAACCAAGGUAAUAUUUUUAAAUAUCACACGGUAAUGGCUGCACAUGCGGCAAUGAAUUUCAAUCUGGCCUUGUCAAAAAGAGAAUGUAGAAAAUUAUUAUCCGCGGAUGUGACGUCAUAAUUACACGAUAUCAAUAAUUAUCUGUAGGUCAAGACUGUAAAGCUUUGGAGGAAAUUAAUUUCCUGCGCAUCACGCAAAAUUUUUCAAGUUGAAAAAAACUGCAAAUAAUUUCCGACGAAUCUGCGCAAAAUGCCGUGUGAACCAAGAACCAAGCAGAUUUCCGAUCUAUUUGACAAGAACACUUUCUGUAGGAUCCCUUGGUAUGCCGUAAAUUUUCUAAGAAAACAUCCGACAUUUCUGCCCAUUUUACCCCAAGGAAAAAAUAUUUCCUGCGCAAAAUAGGCCAGCAGCCAAUUGAAACCGAGAUUGCGAACGUAAUGCAUAAUUAUAACAACAAUUUUCUAUGUUUCAGUUUGGAUCAAGAUCCACUAUUGAUUAAACCAGAACUCUACAAAACGCCUCAAGACACCUGGUUUGAAUCGGAAUACAACCGUAUUCAGAAGGAAAAAUUUAUGCAAUCCCUGGCAGUGCCGGAUCCAAGCCUGGACUAUUCGGGUUACUACCUCAACUACGAAGGAAGCAUAUACGAACCAGACCCUGUCCAAACAUUACCUUUACCAAAUCCCAUCACUGAAAAGUCGCCGGCGUUCACCGGAUUCCAAAGAGUUCCAAAGAUAGAACCAACAUACAACGCCCCAAGCCCUAUUACCACCAGCCCCGUUUUGAAACAAAAAUCCUCGCGACCAAGACUAUGCCAUUUUCUCCUGGAAUUGCUUGCCAAUCCGGCAAAAUAUUCGGACAUUGUCGAGUGGGUGGACCAAGAUAAUGGUGUUUUCAAAUUUCUAAAUUCAUCCGAGGUCGCUUCGCAGUGGGGCAGGAGACGCAAUAAGCCCCAUAUGAAAUAUGAAAACUUCGCUAGAUCGCUACGGACCUACAUUGCGAAGGGGAUCCUAACUAAACCUCGCAGUAAACUGGUUUAUCGUUUCACGAGCCAGGUUUACUAG